GAUAGCUGAAGCGCCACUUAAUAAAUCCAAUGCGAAGACGCUAAACGUGGACAGCUACCACCUGCGAACGCUUGGCCAUGCGUACAAUGACCAUGGACAUGAACAUUAUUCUCGUAGCCCUCUUACUGAGUGUCGUUUCCUACUCUUCUACGGUGUGUGUGUUUCCAGAGAGUGUCCAGAUACCGCGCACCUGGUACCACAGGUAUAUACCUGUUGCCUAUAGCAACCCCGAUGGAAGUAGUAUAUCUCAAAGGGCUGGCUUAGAAAUUAGAUUCACAUCAACGAAAAUGGAAGCUAUUUUCACUCUGAACAACCGACGCUGGCCUUUCAACUCUUCUGAUUUUGACUCCUAUGUGCGGACUUGCGUAGAAGUGGUGUCUGAAUCAAACGCUACCUACGUGGACGGGCAAUCUUAUAUAAUAUCCGAAAAGAUCGAAAAUGAACCUCUCCGCUACCGUUGCAUGCAGCUUGUGAAUCGAACAAACUUUGUGUUUCAAGUGAAACUGUCUGCAGCAACAACUGAAAGGCCGGAUACAGGUGCGACAUUAUGUGGGUCUAUUAGUCUUGACCCUUGGCCGAUAGUUAGGUACACAUAUGACCACGAAAGCAUUACAGCAGCGUGCCCAGCGGAUGGCGGGUAUCCGUUCUCUCUUUCGGACCAAACCCUUUAUACCGAGACAGGUGCCGCUGCCGCAGAAAUCCGCGCCAAAAGAUGUCAGAACUUGGCUCUGGACUUGGAGUGUUUACCCGGGGAGAAUGUAAGGAUUGAUUUUAAGGAUGGGUUUUGCGAACCGUAUGGUGUUGUUGCCGAUUCUCUGAAGAGUUAUCUGCAGUUACAAUGUAUUGCGACCUGGAAAGAAAGCCACUACACAUUUCGGCUACUCUCUCGAUACAGUGACUUUUACACCCUACGAUUCUCAACAGUCCACGACGACUCGUUCAAAGCUUUUCUUUUUAAGGGAGCCAUAAUUGACGCCACCCUUAAUCUCAAUCUAGCAAAUUCCAUUUCGAGGAAUCUCUAUGUAGAACUCUCAGUGAAACGUAAACGUCAGUAUGAUCUUUGCGAAAAUGACCAGGCUGACUGUGAAAACCCCAGUUGUCUCAGAGAUUUGUAUAACCAUUUUGCGAAUCGCUGUCUCAAAACGUGCAAUUUGUGCAAUGCCACGUAUAACGCUUUGACGGUCCCGUGUGAUUUCGAGAGCGACCUUCAAGGUACCUGGAAAAAUGCACAGAACGAGGUCUUAAGGAUCAACGGAUCCUUUGCUAAAAUUCCGGGCUAUGGCCAAUUUCAGUGUAUCGACGUCAAAAGGGUACAGCAGUUAGAGGGUACGGUUGUUUUGGCCACAUUUGACAAUGGCUGUCGACCUAGGUUCAAAUGCCUCAGUCUCAUUCGAGAGCGAUAUACACUGAAGUGGCGCAUGGGCAAAGGGUUCGAGCCUUGGCCAGGUUACGGACCAACCCUGCCAGAUCACGUGACGGUUUGCCAUGCCGAUGCCAGGCUACAGUGGAGUGAGUGGCGCUCCCUGUCAGCGGUGGAUGUACUGCCAGUGCCGGGCAGCGCUUCCCGACACGUGGGCUUUUUGAAAACAUUUAUGCUAGCAUUGCUCUACGCUUUCUGCCUUUCUUGUCUAAUUGACAAAGUUUAAACGUAACACGUGAAUAACUUGUCGGUUAAUUUACAGUUUUCGGAGCAUUUUGUAUGUCAGGCUGCAAUCAGUUGCUAGCUGUUUUAUGACUGUUUUAUGUAGUCCUAAUCAUACAUUACUUUCAUUAUAAUGCCUUGCGUCACACGACAGCAAAUCACUGACGAGGUCUUAUGCGUUUCUUGCGUGUCCGUCUGCACGGUACACGUUGAACUAUGCAACUAUGAAAAAGUAGCGUAUUUUUUAUCUUUUAACAACAGAAAUAUUACAGAAAAAAUAAGCAAAAGUAGGUUUGCAUGAAACAUGUAUAGAGUUUAAACUGCAGUGCUU